GGAAGAUUGCGACGACACGAAGAUCAGCCGCGCUGGAUUUCCGCACCAUCGUCCACCUUUUCUUCGGCUGCUCCCGAAUCUUUCUUCCGCGAAUCUGCACGCCCGCGGGACUCUCCAUCGCGAAUCGACGGAGGGCCGGGCUCAGUUUGAUCAGCUGCAUUGCCCCGCCCGGUUCAAAGUACGCGACGCGGCUGGCCAAGCAUGCAGGCCGGAUUAAAACGAUCGACUGUCACGCGCAGCAGGCGGUUUUGUUGCGGAAGCACUUGUUCUCAUCAACUCGUGGCUCGGCUUGCGCAGCCAGGUUACUCAGGUCUUUUGCCAAAACCACCACUACUUCAUCUGAUCGCAGGGAGAAACGCAACAAAGCAUCACAACAAGAGCGGCAAAGCAAGGAAAAGAAGAAGGCGAACAAAAAAGCGAACAGGAUGUCGAAAGCAGCACGAAAGAAAAAACCCCUUCGGAACAAAAAACAACUGUCGAGAAAACGUCGAAAACGAAAACCAAAACCACCGUCGCCAAACAAUAAAACAGGGCGACUCAAGUGUCUGGAUCAGAUCAAUAUCAAAUGCAAAAGUAUCCUCCUCGUAUAAAUGUAUUACAAAUUUUCUUAGCAUGAGAAAUAAAAUUUGUAAUGCGGAUUUACCUUAAGAAAAAGAUUUGUAAAUGCAUGAUUGCAAUUACUACGAUCACGAUACUUUUUCACAGGAUAAUCAAUUGCAAGCACUUGAAGCGGAGAGUUUGGAAGGCUGUGAAGUAUGCAACAAAAAAACUGUGUAAGUGUAACUCUGUAAUGCAGAACAUGCAACAGAGGCACGUCUGUCAUGCCAGACAGCCAUCAAGUCCUCUUUUCAUGCGUGUUUUCCCUUACAAACCACACAUGACAGGUUUUUUUUGUCAUGUAGAGCAAAUGUUGUCACCCAAGGAAAGUUACACUAACACAGUUUUUUUCUUGGAUAUGAAGCUGUACAUCUCCAAUCUCGCCUAUCGAUCUACCCGAGAAAUCAGGGAAAAGCAGAAAAAAAUGCUUUCCGCGGAACAAGAACCAAUUUUCGUCGAAAAAGAAAAUAACCCGCUGAGCCUUCUUCGCCAAGGUAUCAGUCGGGGAAAUGAUAAAUCAGCAGGAACAGACCCUUUUACCCGCUUCAACUUUUACCGUCGCAUGCGGGAUCGGCAGCAGGUCGAGAGAAUGGUGGAAGGUUUUGCGGAAAUGUUUUUGUUUGAGGAAUUUGUUGAAGAUGCGGAUUUAUCCUGUGCAAAAGUAUCGUACUCGUAGUAAUCGCAGUAAUGCAAUACAAAUUUUUAUCUCAAGGUAAAACAGCAUUACAAAUUCCAUUUUGUCAUGCGGAGCUAAUUUGUAAUGCGAUUACUACUAGUACGAUACUUUUGCAAUGCAUAGGAUUUGGUCGAGAAGAGAGCGGAGCAGAAAGUGUAUGAUCCGUUUGGAGGAACACCAGCACGAAUUUCUGCCACGACGACCUUGGUGAAAAUAGAACAGCAAGAUGGAAAAGAACCCCAAGUAGACCUCCAUGCGGAUGUUGAAAAGCGCCAAGAUGAUGAACUCCGCCGAGUUCAAUACUGCAGUGACUCCGAAGACCGAACCGACAGCAAUGUCUCCUCUGAAGAAGACGACGACGACGCCGCGGACGACCAAGAAUUUUUGCAUAUGGAUCGCAAAAGUGUCUGGGUCUGGAAGGUUGGAACUUGUCAUGCUAAAUCUGAAUCAUGCAAAAAUCUGUGUUGCAUGAUUUGCAAAUGCUGGCUACUUUUGAUCAAGUUGAGAGGCACUUUCUCAUGCAGGAAAGGCAUGAUAGUGAUCUCACGGAAUCUGUCAUGCUAGGUCCUCCAUUAUAGAUCAUAUGGGUCAUGGAAAACCUGCAUGACAAGUCUAGCAAAGUUCCAGACCCAGACAUAGUUGCAUUUGAUAUUGCAGCAAAGAGGACCUCCACGUGAAGAUGAUCCGCCAAGUAGACCACGUCAUGCGCGUAUUGCUAACAGCUCCUACGGAAAGAGCACCAGACCGGAUCCCCGAGAGAUGAUGAACCUCCACCUGCGGCUGCCCCACCCCGACCUCGCUUCGCCCGAGCAGGUGCUGCAACAAUUGAUCCUCCACCUCCCUACGCCGUUCCCGCCACAGGUAUUCGAUGUCGAAAACGCGGCCUUUUCCCUGCACUUUGUCGAGGAGGAGCGGAAAACGAGGAAUGAUGUUAACAGGAGUAAGAAUGAUAGCACAAAAUUACCAUAUUUCGAGAACCGACAAGACUACCUGCGGCGGAAACUGAUUGAGAGGUUUGGAGGUGAUCGUGGCUCGCCGUGCUAUUCUGACGAGGAGAUUGAACCAGAACGUCAGCUGGGCGCUGGAGAGGGUGCGAGACGACUACGCCAUAGUACACAGGAGCUUCUACGAGGGCGAGAUUUUUUUCAGGAAAGCCCGGCUUUGGAGAAGAAAGAAGAGCAGACGGUUUCUAUGUACCACGACACUACUACUUCUAGUAGUUCUAGCAGAACUACUACACGCCCCGGCCACCCGCUCUUCUGCACGGGAAAAGAAAUUUUUGCGCUUCUGAAGCUCCCUCUAACCGAUCGCAGAGCAGCGUUGGAGCGGAGGUGGCAGCACUGGCGGGAGAAGUGGUCGCGGUAUAAAGCUAGAACUACCAGCUGCGACCUUCGAAAAACAGAAACAACGUCGCCUACUCAGUCGAGUUUAUUCAAGCCGCUCAGCAUAUCAAGUGUAAAAAUGUCUGGGUCUGGAAGGUCGGGACUUGUGAUGCUAACUUUGGAUGCUAAAAAGAUCUGUAUUGCAUGACCAGCAAUAGGAGCCCAAAUUGUGCUGCGAGGGGAGGGCAUUUGUCAUGCGGAAUAGGCAUCAGGAAGGCCUCUAAAAAUAUGUGAUGCUAGAUCAUGCAUUUACAGAUAUCGUGAUCCAUGCAAGAUAUGCAUGACAAACCUGGUCACCUUCCAGACCCCGACAUUUUUGCAUUUGAUACAGCAAGUCUCUGUACCAAGAAUACGCCAACAUGCUGAACUGGCUUUCCCAGCAGUGGCACUGCGCCACGGAGAAGGAGUCGCAGGCUUAUGUCGCGAGUGUGGCGCGGAAGCAGAUUGUCGAUUCGUUUGAGGUGUCGAUCGGAAAUUAUAGCAAGAAAAUCCCGCAGCUUGUCAUGACAGCCGAGGAAUACAAGAAGCGACUGAAGAUGGAGAUUUUGUGGGAACGGGUGAAAAAGAAAAAGAUGCUCACUAUAACCCGCUCAGGUGUUACAAUCUCAAACGUUACAAUGGAAUCUGGGAUCAUUUGUCUUGCAUCACGAGCAUGACAGACUCGCAGACCGUUCCACCUUCUCCAAUACAAAUGUCGCCAGAUCGUAGUGCGGUUGGGGGCGACUCCGGAACUUGUCAUGCGCAGUCCUUCUAUGAGAGUCAGCUAGAUCAUGCAUUUCUUGCAUCACAGAUCCACUUCCAGAUUCUAUAUGUAACGUUUGAGAUUGUAACGUUUGAGCAGGUCAUACUCACUUGGAUGAAUUCUUCCGUCGCGGCAGACGAGGGUUUUCUUAUCAAAUGCAAAAAUGUCUGGGUCUGGAAACUUGUGAUGCUGGGUGGCGUCUCAUGAUGAGGCUAUAAAUGCUGGCUCAGCAUGACAAGUUUCUGAGCUCCUAGGUGUUCUUGCCUAUUCUGCAUGACAAACUGCGCUUCUACAUCACAGAAAAGCGGAGCUCUUGGGUAACGUGCAUGACAGAUUUAAGAGUCAUGUCAGAUACGCAUGACAAACAUGAAUUCUUCCAGACCCAGACAUUUUUACAGUUGAUACUUCUUGUUGACCAGCACCCUGAUGCCCAUGCGGCCGCGGGGGUAUUUUCGUCAUCUUCGCGUGCGGGAGUACGAGGUCGUCACUACGAGGACCACGACGACCAGAACGAUGUCUACAAGCUGAAGGGAGAUAAAGCCGCUGAGGAAAAGCUUUUGAAAACUGAGCUCCUGCAAGAACAGCGGAAGAUGCAUCGACGGCGUUGUGGUGCUGUAGUUCUGUUACCUGGCGAUAAAAUAAAUCGCACCAGCACGAGACGAGGACCAGCAAAUGGCGAUAACGAGCAAGAACUUGUUGGCGGGUCUGUAGUACAUGAGGCACACGACGACACCACGACGGCCACCACGACUACAGUCGCGCCGUCGAUUCUUGUGGCGAGAGAUGACGACCGCAGAAGUUGUGGCGGGGGUCCACUACUACUACUGGAUCAGCAGCAGGGGGACGACUCUUGCGAAGAACCGGUAGCUGCUUGCGAAGAACUCGCGGGGGUGGAAGAAAAAUCUCCAUACAGCGCUGGAAGUGAUAGAGACGAGGGUUAUCAUGUGGGUGAAAAACAGAAUUCUGUUGUCAUGAAAGAUGAUCAAGAGAAUCGCCAAGAAAAAGAGACCGAGGACGACAGCAGGAUCAUUUUGAAGAGCCCUCCUGCUACACCUACUAGUAGUACCAAGGUCCUCAAGGUGCUAGAUCUCAAAACCACCUGGCUCACCGCGGAGAAUCAAGAAGAGGACGACUUAGAGCAACAGCGACGAGUGCAGCGAAUUUUGCAGGAAUUAGCCAUUGAAGAAGUACAGUAUCGGAAGAAGAAAGCAGUAAGCAUGGGAAAAAUGCAACUAGGGAAACAAGCACAAGCUGCUCUUGCGUCCUCUCAACAUGGAAGAUCUUUGGGCAAUUGUGCCACAACACCCUGUGAUGAAGAGAACAAGAAUAUUAACUCGGACGAACAAGCUGGGUCCUCCGAUGCUGAAGACCACUCUGUAGUCCUCUCUGAGAGCGACAGUGAAGAGGACCAGAACUCUGGUGGAAAUUCUCGUGAUGACAUGUCCUCCGAUUUUGAGGACGAUGAGGGCCGCCGCCUAUGCAUUGCAAAAGCAUCGUACUCGUAUAAAUGCAUUACAAAUUUGCUCAGCAUAAAAAAUAAAAUUUGAAUGUAAUGCAGAUUUGCCUUGGAAACAAGAUUUGUAAUGCAAGACUUGCAUUAGCAUUUGUACUAGUACGAUACUUCUGCACAGGAUACCGCCACGACCUCCACGACAAAGAUUUGGCUUCUCGAAUGGUAUCAAACGCAAAAAUGUCUGGGUGUGGAACUUUGCUCGACUUGUCAUGCAGGUUUUCCAUGACCCAUAUGAUCUGUAAUGGAGGACCUAGCAUGACAGAUUCCGUGAGAUCACUAUCAUAACUAUCCUGCGCGAGAAACUGCCUCUCAACUUGAUCAAAAGUGGACAGCAUUUGAUAAUCAUGCAACACAGAUUUUUGCGUGAUUCAGAUUUAGCAUGACAAGUUCCAACCUUCCAGACCCAGACACUUUUGCAGUGCAUAAACGGCGGUGGAACACGAAAACCAAAAUCCAAAUUUGCACUCUUCAUCUACUUCUCCAGGUCAAGGCGAAGCAGAUGAAAGUCAAGCAGAUUUCAGGGAAAUAAUUUCCCAGAUUCAUCAGGGACGUCGAAACAAAAAGCACCCCCUGGUCCCCCUGCCCGACGUGAGCAGCCUAGAGGAGUUUCGUAACGCUAAUGCUGUAGCAGCGAAAGGCGCUUCUAUCAAAGCGAGAACGGAUGAACAAGGCCGCGCUCCUCUACUUCCUCAUCGGACCGUCGACGUUGAGGCAGUCGUAGUCAAAGAUGCGAGUGGAGGAGAAGAAGAAGAAGAAGCCCAUCCGGAAGAUGAUCCGGUAGUUGCAGCAUCGGAUGAACAUGAAGACGUCGAAAAUAAAGAGUAUGGAGUUCUCAAACGUUACAUUCUCAACUGUUACAUGAAUUUGUCAUGCAAAACUACCAUCAUCAUCCACAAGAUCAAGCUGCUUCGCAUGACAAAUUUGCGAAGAGCUAAACACCACCUAAAUCUGGGUGGGAUUUGUAAUGCAAUUUUUGCAAUCUUCCCCCUUUGGCUUUUGCCAUUCUUGCAUUACAGACUCAUGUAACAGUUGAGAAUGUAACGUUUGAGAACACCAUAAAGAGCUGCACCCUAGUACAACAGCGGAGGCACCGGCGGCAGGAAAAAGCCGAACGUCCACCACUGAAGUAGGCUCGAGUAGUUCUGGUCUAUGCACUGCAAAAGUGUCGUACUCGUAUAAAUGCAUUUACAAAUUUCCUCAGCAUGAGAAAAUGGCGCGGAUUCAGAUUCACCUAUAAGAAAAAGAUUUGUAAUGCAUCACUUCACUGCAAUACGAGUACGAUACUUUUGCACACGAUAUGCUCCAGAUCAUUCUCACAAUUCUUCAGCGGGAGCAGGAAAUGUUGAACAACGCAGGGUGCAAGGGAUGAAACAGUUCUUUCCACCGUGUUCUAUUAGUACUCCCGACAAGGAGGAGGACGAAUCCGAACCCGACCAGAACGUACUACACCUACGGGAAGAAGAAGAUCAAACGCUGAUCUCUCAACAGCAGCAGCUCGUCCCGUCGCCGUAUUUCUACUCGUCCUCCCUGAGUUCUUGUAUUAAACAAGGAAAAACAAAAAUAAAACAGGAUGAAGAACCAGUACAACGACCGGCGAAGGAGCGGAGUCGCAAUGGCGGUGCUGGCGUCAUUAUUUGUC